AUGACCGCCGUGGCUCAAGCGCCGAAUUUUCUUUCCGUUCCGGGGUCAUGGAAUGGGAGUGGACCAAGUAAACUCAAUUCGGUGACCCACGACGACGUUGCGCGCAUCUUUAUUAAGGGCCAGCGCUCAUCAAGUAUGUCUUCGGUCUCCUCGACAUCUGGCACAUCCAAUGGCUCUGAGGCUGGCUGGGGAACCUCUGUCAACGGAAAAAAGAAGGGGGUGAGUCGCGCUGCUACUAGGGGUGCAAACGCAACCUGGGCUACAAAAUCCGAUAUGAUGAGGGUACCAGGCAGUUCAAAUCAACCACAGGGAGGCUUGUUGGCGGGUUCCAAUUCAUCCAUCAAUGGCAAUCACCAAGCCAUGCCCAUCCUACCAUCUCAGCAUCUUAUAUCUGGUCAGACACAACAAAAUGGGGGCCCACUCCCACCUUCUUAUUUGAUGCUUCUUCCCUUGAAUGGGACUUUUGAUCGCAAAUUCAUUCCUCUCCCCUAUUGGCCCGAUACCCUACGCAUAGGGCGUCAAACUAAUAAUAAGACCACACCUACCCAAAACAACGGUUAUUUCGAUUCAAAGGUGCUUUCUAGGCAGCAUGCGGAGAUCUGGGCGGAGAAGUUGAAUGGCAGGGUUUGGAUUCGCGACAUCAAAUCGUCCAAUGGAACUUUUGUCAACGGACAACGGCUAUCGCAGGAGAACCGAGACAGCGAGCCUCACGAACUUAGAGCGGAAGAUGUUUUGGAACUAGGUAUAGAUAUUGUUGGCGAGGACAACAAGACAAUUAUACACCAUAAGGUAGCUGCAAGGGUUGAACAUGCCGGUUUACAAACUCCGAAUGUUGGUAACUUCGACCUCAACUUUGUGGAUAUCGACCCCAUGAACAGCGUCUCCAUAAUGAACCCCCAAAAUAACUCCGCCCCCCUCCAGAAUACUAGUAUUAGAGGGCGCUCCGGAUCCCAGGGGUCACGAUCAUCGGUAAUGAGCGGAGGACCAGCCAGUCACCGACAACCUCAGAUGAUGAUCACGCCAGUGACGAUGGAAAUGGUUGUGAAAAAGCUCAACUAUGAGUUGCAAUCAGCAAAGCAACAGUCUCAGGAUUUACAAAGGACUUCAGAAGUUUUUGAUUCUCUGUUAAGCUCUAGGCCAAUUGUUGCAUUGGGGCAUAUCGCCCCCAGUGCAAAUCCGGCGCCCACCGAGCCUCUACCCGCUCCUCCGGUCCCUACACAUACAGGGCUAGCCCAGCGCCAGGUUUCGCCACCCUCACUGAUUCCACUUUCCACACACAUUCAAGAGCACCCCAGGGGCCAGCAGUUAUCUGAUAGCAGCAGGAACACGCCAAAACUUAGGUCGGAGAAAACUGAGAGACCGGAACCACCGCAACAUUUACAUGGGCUUGUGGGUGCGCUAGAGGAGGCCCGCGGAGAGCUGCAGGCCAAGACAAUUCGGGUUAGAGAGCUUGAGGAGACGCUGAAGAGGGAGAGAAGUGCGAGGGAGGUAGCUGAAGUUCGCGCUGCACAACUUGAGAACGCCUCAAGAGGUGUCCGAGAAACAGCUCGUCGGAGAGGUUUCAAGGAGUUUGACGCCGAAAAGAUACGCGCCGAUGAAGCUAUCGGAUUAUCGGAUGAAGUCCAUGAGUUGCGAAACGAAAAGUCGUUGGAUUGUCAUCCGGGAGCUUUAGACGAGGAAGAUAGAGAUAUCUACGAUGACGAUGAUGCCGCGAGCGUCACGGUUGAUCCAUCCGCUCAGGCAGCAGCGGAAGCAGCUGAAAGAUUGCAGCGGCGUGUCGAGCAGAUGAUGGCGGAACUGCAGUCGGCCAAGGAGGAGAUUGAACGGUACAAGCGGCAAGCUGAAGCUUCGGAGCACGAAAGCAUCAAAUCGAAGAAGACGCUCGGCGAGAUGGUGGAAAAGAUUCGCAAGGACGAACAGGCCAGAAAGCUCUUACACGAGAGAGAGGUUGCAAGUCAGACCGACUCAGUGGCAGUCAAGAACACAGGCAUCCAGGUCUCCAGCGAGGGUAUAGAGGAAGCAGCGGAAGAUUUCCAUUUAAACGGCACUAUUAAACCUACCGGGGGUAAGACAGCGGCUCUUAAUGAAAGCCGAAACUCUGGGGAGAUGAUCAACAAACGAAGCAAGGAGUGCAGCUUGGCAAUAUCAAAACGAGAUGCAGCUCCCUACGCCAGCAUGAUUGGGGUGAUGCUGAUCGGGGUCGGUUUGAUGGCUGUCUUGAACAGAUGGCAUAAGACUGAGGGAUAGAAAAUUCUUGUGCAGUCCUCUUUGGAGAGCAUACUUUGGGGGAGUUUGGUUUUCUCGGUACAUCUAAAUAACUUGUGCAUUUAAAAAGUCUGAGGGAGUUGAGAAGGGGGAGCUGGGGAUGUUCGGGCUCGAGAAGCCAAUCUCCUGUUUUCAUUUUCAUUUUUGUUUUUCGAUUAACCUGCACGCCAUCGCCUUACAGGCUAUAUCCACUUUUCCUUUAUUCUCUCACUGUAUUCGUAUGUUUGUCUACUCACUGCACUCGGCUUGUCUCUUUCCUCACACUCCGCCACACUUCGUUCGCAUUUCUCUUUACUACUCUCUGGCCAUCACCGGAGCUAUUUGCUUUACUGCAGGUUUUUUGUGCGACGAGCGGCGUUUUCCAUACCCCCCCUUUUCUCCCUUUCACUUCCUUUUCCUCGGGGCUCGGGUCUUUUUUGUGGGGGUGGGGGGUUGGUUUGGAGGAGGGAUCGACUGGGCUGGCUAUGUAGAAGUAAGUAGCUUAAGGAAGGAGUUUGUUCUUGGGGAAAGGUGUCAUGCAUGGGCGAUUGGGUUAGACCAUUUUUGGAAUAUUUUUCUCUGUACUUUUUCCCUGUACUUUUUCUCUUCUAUGAUACUCGCUUGGUCGACGGUUUGACCUGUUGCUUUCCAUUCUCCUUAUUCAACUUCAAUUUUUUCGUUUCCGGUUCCCCCAAUUGUUCAUGUCCGGUAUAUUACUACGUGGGUGCUUCUUCUAUCUUCCUACUUAUUAUGGUUACAAGGAG